AUGGCCCCUUCUAGUCCUAGCAUGGUGCCGGCUGAUGGCAAUGGGCACAGUGCACAUUGGAUGAGGAAGCUCAGGAAGCCAGUGAUUGAGAAGAUGAGGAGAGAUCGGAUUAACAGCAGCAUUGAGCAGCUCAGGAUGUUACUGGAGAAAGAGUUUCACAAACAGCAUCUUCCAUCCAAACCAGAGAAAGCGGAUAUUCUGGAGCUGACAGUGACCUUAUUGCAGCAGCACCUGGCUGGGAAAACUGCUCCAUCAUCCAGCCAGAGCUACACACAAGGUUACUCCAAGUGUCUCCAGGUCUCUGAGGGCUUCCUAUCCCAGCACAGACAGACAGAGGCCCAGGUGAAGCUGCUGCAGAACAUCCAUUGGACACAAGCUGUGCCAGAGGGGACCUUAUCUUCUAAAUUAAUCAUGAACCAUACCCCCAGCAAAGACACAGCAGACGAGACCAACAAAGCUAUCUGGAGACCCUGGUAGUUACUCUAUGGAUUUAACCGGAAAUAACAAAAUAUUUAUUUUUUCGGUCAUCCUGCAUAAAAAAACUUCUAUGGAUAAUCUUCUAUUGGACUGGAAAGGGUCACUUUGUGCCUGCCCACCUCACAUGGACAAUGUGCUACUGGUGGCUUGUAGUAAAUAUGUAUUUAUUAAGGAAGAUUGGAUAGAAUAUGUAAUAUUCUACAUGGCUAGUGAUUUAUCAUAUAAUGAUAGUGUAAGCAUGUUACUAAUGCUAUUAGCCAAGUAUGUUUUAUAUUAAAACAACAGCUCAGGCCAGGAAUUACUGCAAUCUUAAAUGAAACGAUUGGAGUCAUUGGA